UAUCCGGGAAUCAGAUAAAAACAUAAAAAUGGGAAAAUAUAUAAUGAUGAUUGAAAGCUGGGCUGAAGGGAAUCGCCUACCCGUGCGGUCGAUCAGGCAAUCGAUCGAGCGGACGAAUGCGUUUUCAAACACCCGGCGAAUUGGACUUUUGCCUCAGAGUUGAGAGGACAGUGUUUUCGGCGGCAUUUUCUGGCUACGUUGGCAGAGUUUUUGUUAACACGUUUUUCGUGGUCAAGGCUGUUGGAAUUUUGAUUUUUCUUCGGCUGGGCUAGAAUUGCUGCGGAGAAAUUUCUGGGUGGUUAAUUCGGAAUAGCGAAAAGGGAAGAUCUAACAAUGGCGACGGACAAGCACGGAAAUGUUACAAAUUUUUCUGCCGAACAUUUUCAAAAGCUGCUUCUUCAGCAACAAUCCCAGAUGGAAGCACAAAUGAAACUGAUUGAAAGUUUAACGCAGUGCUUAAACGUACAAUCAAACGGAGCAGCUACACGGGACACGCAGGCUGUUUCACUUGAUCUUCUUACGAAUUCAAUCACUGAAUUUCAUUAUGAUGCUGAUUCCGAAUCCACUUUCGAGGCGUGGUUCAAACGUUGGGAGGAUAUGUUCCAGACGGAUUUCAGCCGUCAAGAUGAUUCAUGGAAAGUGCGCCUUUUGCUCCGCAAGCUCGGAACUAAUGAACAUACAAGAUUCCUUGACCACAUAUUGCCCAAAGAGCCGAAGGACAUCACUUUCAACGAAGCAGUGGCAACACUCAAAGAAAUUUUUGGUGAGUCGACAUCAUUGUUUAGCAUUCGCUAUCAAUGUCUAAAAAUUGUAAAGCGUGAUACAGACGAUUAUGGGGCACUAGCAGACAUGGUUAACCGUGAAUGUGAACGUUUCAAGUUACGCUGUUUGACGGAUGACCAGUUUAAGUGUCUUAUAUUUGUCAGUGCUUUACAGUCUCCACGCGACGCGGAAAUCCGCACUCGGCUCCUUGCUAAGUUGGAUCAAGACCCAGAUUUGACAUUGAAGUCUCUUGUAGGCGAAUGCAAACGGUUAAUUACCUUGAAACACGACACGGCUAUGAUUGAGCAGAGUUGCCCCACCAUUGCCGAUACUGUUCAUGCUGUGCAAAAAGCAAGAAAGCCUGGCUCGAAUAAGGCGUUCAACAGAAAGCCGAACAAGCCGCCUACACCUUGUUGGUCAUGUGGUGAAUGGCAUUUCGCACGAUACUGUCCAUUCAAGCGUCAUAUUUGUGAUAAGUGCCAUAAACGCGGCCACAAGGAAGACUUUUGCCAUCAGUCCCGGCCAAGAAAUGUGAAGCAGUCCUACCGAAGGAAGAAUUUCAGAAAACCUGACGCAGAAUCACUAUCGGUGAUUGCUACGUUUCACAGCGAUUCUAAAACACGCCGCCGAUUUAUCACUGUGCUUAUCAACGGAAUCCCAACCCGGCUGCAGUUCGAUACGGCAUCAGAUAUAACGAUCAUUUCCAAGAACACUUGGAAGCACAUAAAGAAGCCGAAAAUGAUUGAUUCCAACAAAAUCGCUCACAAUGCAUCCGGUGGAGUGCUGAAGUUGGUCGGAGAAAUAAAUUGCAAAAUUGCAUUCAACGGAGUGGAAAAGGUCGGAACCUGCUACUUGUCUGAUCGACCAAACUUGAACCUCCUUGGACUUGACUGGAUGGAAAAAUUACAACUGUUUGAUGCUCCAAUGAGUCAGAUUUGCAAUACAGUACAAACCGACCCAGUACAUUCAUCAUCGUCGACAGAAGAGAUGACCAGAAAGCUAGAGCAGCUAGCUAAAAGUUGUGGCAACUGCGCUACCGCCUCAAGGGCACCGCCAAAGACUGAACUCCGCUCAUGGCCUAAACCAACUAAACCUUGGAGUCGUGUUCAUGUAGACUUUGCAGGCCCAAUCAAUGGCCAGAACUUUCUCAUAGUGGUCGACGCUUAUAGCAAGUGGCCCGAAGUGUUCCUCAUGAGAAGCACGAAAACCAGCGCAACCGUCUCUAGGUUGCGACAAAUCUUCAGCAGGUUCGGCUGCCCUGAAACAUUGGUGACGGACAAUGGAGCACAGUUUACUUCGGCCACAUUCACGGAAUUCUGCCAACGUUGCGCCAUCAAACACGUGCGGUCUCCACCAUUCCACCCACAAUCGAAUGGCCAAGCAGAGAGGUUUGUGGAUACAUUCAAACGCGCUCUCCUCAAAUCAAGGAGGGAGGGAGACAUAGAGGAGGUGAUCGACCGCUUCCUAUUUCUGUAUCGAUCUACACAAAAUUUACAAACACCGGGUGGAAUAUCACCAGCAGAGGCAAUGAUGAAGAGAAAACUUCGCAUGCCAUAUGAUGCAGUUCGGCCAUCCUCAGAGUCCAUAGCUGGUGAAAGGAACCUAAAGAUGGAACGUGAUUUUAAUCGGCGGUUUGGUGCCAAGCAACGUUCGUUUAGACCUGGUCAGCCAGUACUUGUGCGUGAUUAUCGGGGUGGACACGCGAAAUGGACGCCAGGCACGAUCCAGUGCAAGCGCGGAAGCGUCAUUUACGACGUGCUGGUUGGAACGCAGGUAUGGGUACGCCAUGCAAACCAACUGCGAACAACAAUGUGUCAGCCACAAGCAACAGAAUCCGCCAAGCUUCCAUUUGACCUGUUGACAGACAGCUUCAACUUGCCUAGAGAGCCAGUAGAAGAACCCUGUCAUCAGACGAAUAGUACCAGACCGCAGAGUACGGAAUUCGAAUCCAGAACACUACAGCCAAGGCGAUGCACCGGUAGGCGAAGAAUCCAUUCCAGGAGGCUCCAGGUUAAUCCCCGGCUAGCAUCCUACACAACGGCAGCAGCUUCAGGAGGGGAGGUAUCCGGGAAUCAGAUAAAAACAUAAAAAAGGGAAAAUAUAUAAUGAUGAUUGAAAGCUGGGCUGAAGGGAAUCGCCUACCCGUGCGGUCGAUCAGGCAAUCGAUCGAGCGGACGAAUGCGUUUUCAAACACCCGGCGAAUUGGACUUUUGCCUCAGAGUUGAGAGGACAGUGUUUUCGGCGGCAUUUUCUGGCUACGUUGGCAGAGUCUUUGUUAACACGUUUUUCGUGGUCAAGGCUGUUGGAAUUUUGAUUU